AUGGGUACCGAAUAUGAAAAAGAUCAUAUCAAAAAGCUGCAGGAGCAGCGUAUGUCCAUGCAAAAGAAAACCUUCACAAACUGGAUGAAUAACAUCUUCUCCAGGAGUAAUGUAAAGAUUGAGAUAGAAGAUAUGUACACAGACUUGAAGGAUGGCAUCUCUCUCAUGAAACUCCUGGAGCUGCUCUCUGGAGAAGCUUUGCCCAAGCCGAACCGGGGAAAGAUGAGAGUGCAUUUUCUAGAGAACAACAGCAAAGCCAUUACAUUUCUGAAAUCCAAGCAGGUACAAGUAAAAUUUAUUGGUCCUGAGAAUAUCGUAGAUGGUGACAGAACCUUAAUCCUGGGACUUAUCUGGAUCAUUAUACUUCGAUUUCAGAUUUCGUCUAUCAAACUUGAUAAGGUAAAACAGUCUGAUGUUCUAUUUGCCAAUGAAGCCUUACUACUCUGGUGUCAACAUAAAACUGCCAGCUAUUCCAAUGUGAAUGUGAAGGACUUCUCCAAAAGCUGGAGUGAUGGGCUGGCCUUCAACGCACUCAUACAUGCUCACAGGCCUGAUCUUAUCCACUAUAGCUCACUGCGGCAGGACCAGUCCAUCAAAAACCUGAACAAUGCCUUCAAUGUUGCUGAGAAAGAGUUAGGAAUCGGCAAACUGCUUGAUGCUGAGGAUGUGGCAGUACCAUAUCCAGAUGAGAGAUCCAUCAUGACUUAUGUGUCACUCUAUUACCACUACUUCUCCAGACUGAAACAAGGACAGACAAUACAAAAGCGACUUACCAAA